AUAAUUAAUUCUUAAGAAAUAGACAAAUUUCGGACGGCUUGUUUUUCAAUACGCAAUUAAAAUGAUUAUAGAAAUAUUAGUGUUCAUCUUAACAUUUAUUAUCGGGUACUUCUUUUAUCUUCAUAAACUAGCGGAAGACACGUUUAGAAAAUGGGACGUGAAGUUCGUGCCAUGUUGGCCUAUUUUCGGCAAUGCUUAUAACAGUGCUGUUAUGAAGAAACACGUAUUAGAGGACCUCGAUGCCGUUUACAGAGCUUUCCCGAAUGAGAAGUAUGUAGGCUACAUCGAGGCCACACAGCCGAUAUUCCUGGUGCGCGACCCCGAGCUGAUCAAGACCAUCACGGUGAAGCAUUUCGAUUACUUCAUGGACCACAAGCAGCUGUUUCCCACGGAUAUCGAGCCUAUACUCGCGGGAAGUAUACUCAUGAUGGAAGGUGAAAAAUGGCGCGACAUGCGAAUGACCCUCAGUCCGGCGUUCACUGGCUCCAAGAUGCGACACAUGAUGCCUUUUAUGGCCGAGAUCAGCCAGAACAUCAUCACGUAUUUGAAUGAAAAUAUCAAAGAAAACGAAGACGUAGAUGUUGGCAAUCUCAUCCGUCGGUACACCAAUGACGUCAUCGCAUCGGCCGGUUUCGGCAUCGUCGUGGACUCCACCAAGGAAAAAAACAAUGACUUCUUUAGGCACGGCCAGGGCCUUUACAAUUUUAAAAUUGGGCAGAGGAUUAUGUUCUUUUUUGCCGUCGUAGCACCAAAGAUUUUUAAGACACUAGGAAUCUCGGUGUUCCCUAAGAACACGACCGCAUUCUUCAGACAACUAGUGUCAUCUACAAUCGAAUACAGAGAGAAAAAUAAUGUUGAACGUCCUGACAUGAUCCAACUGCUUAUGCAGGCUUCGAAAGGAAAACUGAAAGCCAACCCUAACGACAACGAAAAGGACAAUGUUGGAUUCGCUACAGUAGAUGAAGCUCUUAAACCACAGCCUAUAACUAGAAAAUGGUCAUCUGAUGAAUUAACAGGUCAAGUAUUCACGUUUUUCGUGGCCGGCUUUGAAAGCACUGGCUCAGUUCUGGUCAUGACUGUACACGAAUUAGCAUUAAACUCAGGAAUUCAAGACAAAUUGUACCAGGAGAUCAGAGAGUUCAAAGAGACGAACAACGCUUUGACGUACGACAACAUCGGUGAUUUGAAGUAUUUGGACUGCGUUUUAAAUGAAACAUUGAGGAAAUGGUCACCUGCAGUGAUGCUGCAUAGACGUUGUACGACAGCCUAUGAACUGCCUCCACCUAGGGAAGGAGGCAAGCCUGUUAAAUUGAAACCGGGAGACAUAGUCUACAACAUGGUGAACACCAUCCACAUGGACGAGCAGUACUGGCCUUACCCGGAGAAGUUUGACCCUGAAAGAUUCUCUGACGAGAACAAACAUAAAAUCAAACCUUUUACCUUUAUGCCUUUUGGUACGGGACCUAGGAACUGUAUUGGAUCAAGAUUCGCAAUCUUGGAGCUGAAGGUUCUUCUCUUCGAUCUGAUCUCCAACUUCAAGAUUGUUAAGUCUGAGAAGACCACUGAUCCGCUCGUCUUGGAACCUACUGAAUUCAGCAUUAAAGCUAAAGGAGGCAGUUUUGUUCGAUUGGAGAAGAGAGUUUGAAUGGCAGGAUUCAAAGCGUGGCUGAGUGUUGGAAAGUGUGGACGUAUAUCGUACUAGAAGUAAUAUAAUAAUGCUGCAAUAUGGUUAAUUACUUGUGGUUGAUUAUUGAGUUGUGUACAUUAGUAAUUUAAGACUAUAUUGGAAAUUUCUAA